AUGAGCGAACCCAAGUCAAAAACACCAGAAAGACCGCUCACCAAUUUCGCGGCCGUGGGACCUCUGUCUAGGAUGAGCACUAGCGAAAACAUAUCGUCACAAACGUCGGUCGCAGAUUCAACGAUAACAGUAACACAUGGGAGGGUGAAUCCACGCUCUGAGAAAACAGAGUCCGAUCACCCCCAGUCGGCACAGCCUGCACAACUGACAGAAUACCCUGAAACCGACCUCGAUCAGGGACUGGUGGGCUGGGAUGGCCAAGAUGAUCCCCAGAAUCCACAAAACUUUUCGUCGGCAAAGAAGUGGACUCUGCUAUUUCUCAUAUCAGCCGUGACCUUUGUUUCCCCGUUAGCAUCAAGUAUGUUCUCGCCGGCCGUUAGCUAUGUUGGAAAGGACUUGCAUAUUGAGAAUGAAACUUUGCUAUCAUUCACUGUCAGUGUGUAUUUAAUUGGAUAUGUUGCCGGUCCCCUUCUUCUGGCUCCUCUAAGUGAAAUAUACGGCCGCCGAAUCGUUCUGAGCGGUUCAAACUGGUUCUUCAUCGUUUGGCAAAUUGGAUGUGCUCUCGCAACAAACGUUGAAACCUUGAUUGUCUGCCGGUUUUUCGCUGGCAUCGGAGGAUCUGGUCCUCUGACACUGGGAGCAGGCGUAAUCGCCGACCUAUUUCCCCUUGAACGACGUGGUUUAGCCACCUCGCUUUGGAGUUUAGGUCCGUUGGUUGGCCCAUCCAUUGGACCUGUUGCUGGAGGUUUUAUGGGUGAGACUAUCGGCUGGAGAUGGAUCUUCUGGUUGUUAAUGAUCCUAGGUGGGGUGGUCUCCCUAGGUAUCGAAUUCUUGAACCAGGAGACCUAUGCCGUUGUCCUCAUCCGUCGAAAGACAGAGCUUCUUUCCAAGGAGCUUGGCCGUGCUGAUCUUCGCAGCGUGUAUGAGCCAAAACAAAUUCAGGACUCAUUGCAAACCAUGCUAUUACGCGGCCUUAAACGACCACUCAUACUUUAUGUCAGGUCGCCGAUUGUUCUGCUCCUCUCAACCUACCUAGCCAUAAUUUAUGGUUUCCUGUAUCUAUUUUUCACCACAAUCCCGAGCGUCUUCGGCAAUACCUAUCAUUGGUCCACAGGUAUCAGUGGGCUAGCAUAUCUAGGUAUCGGACUCGGAUUUCUUAUCGGCUUCGUCGUCCAAGCACGCACUAGUGAUCGCAUCAUCGUGAAGGCAAUCGCCCGGAAUAAUGGCAAAUACCAGCCUGAAAUGCGUCUCCCGACUAUGAUAUUCUAUGCCUGUUUUAUUCCCGUCAGCUUCUUCUGGUAUGGAUGGUCUGCCGAGAACGAAGUGUUUUGGAUCGUUCCCAUUCUCGGCAUGGUGCCGUUUGGCUUCGGUCUCAUGGGUCUAUAUCUCCCUGUCCAAACCUAUGUUAUUGACAGUCACUUGGCCUAUGCAGCGUCUGCAAAUGCUUUGCUGACUAUGGCACGAUCGCUAGUUGGUGCGCUACUACCCUUGGCGGGACCAAAACUCUACGACCGCCUUGGUCUAGGCUGGGGAAACACUUUGCUCGGAUUUAUUGCACUUGCUUUUGUUCCUGUUCCAAUUAUUUUCACUCGGUAUGGACAAUUGAUCCGAGAGAAGUUUCCGAUAAACUUAGAUUAA